CAGCUGCUUCUCCGGUUUCUCGGCUUUAAACCCUAAAGGUGUCCCCGGUAAUCCCCGGCGCCGAGCGGGUCCGGCAGCCCCACGGUGGGUGAUUAAAGCACGUCCCGCAGGGAGGAGCCGGGUCUGCCCCGUGCUGGGGCUUCACCUUUCACGUUCUCAGAUUUUGGAGGAGUCCAUGGCAAACCCAGCCCUGGUCCGUCCGCAGGACUCUGCUGCUUCUGGAUCAGUCCGCGUGCAAGGGGUGCUGAUGGAAGAGGCUCAGUUUGAUCGCCAGGGGCGGACCGCUGGUCCUGGCUGUUUAGAGCGCCAGGUGCUUGUAGGCAGUUUGUGGUACCAGGCUAAUUUCACCAUAGUAGAACCAAAGACUGAAGGUGAAAGACUGGGAGGAUUCUGGAAAAGCUGGGCUGGUUUUAUAAAGUCACCGCUGUCUCAAAAGAGACUGACUCAGGACAGCGUGGAGUUGUACUGCGAGGCGAUUGGCAAUCCCAUCCCCGAGAUCCAGUGGUGGUUUGAGGGGAACGAUCCCAAUGAGACCUAUGCUCAGCUCUGGGAUGGCGCACGGCAGGACCGUGUCAAAAUCAACGCCACCUACAACCUGCACUCUACCAGUACCAUCUACAUCGCAAACCUCACGAGUGACGACUCGGGCAUGUAUGAGUGCCGGGCUAGCAACGAUCCCGACCGCAACCACUUGUCGAAGAGCCCCAAAGUCAAGUGGAUCCGUUCCCAGGCGAACGUUUUUGUCAUCGAACGUGAGUGGCCACGUCGAGGCCUUGGCACUUGCUCGGACACUGGUGUCUUGAGUCUCCUGCCAUGCUCACCCCUGCACCCGUGUCCUGUGGCUCCCAAAAGCUCCCCCACCCUCCCACCCCCCGCUGUAGAACUGAGAGACUCCCACCCUCUGUCGACUCCCCACCACCUGUGA